AUGGUACCAAAAGGUACCAUCCGGCCGCAAAGGAUAAUAAUAUUAGAUUCAUCAACAAUUUCUGCUCCAACCACUACUCAACGUGAUAGAGCAAUUUCGCCCGAAGAAAAAGCCGAGUUAUUAUUGCUUCAUAAACGAGUGUUCUUCAGUGAUUCAACAAGUACAUUUCUGAUUGAACCCCUAGGAGAUCUUUCUUCAGUAUAUGUAGUUGAUUUAAAAAAAUUUUCACGUUUUUGUUGUACUUGUCCUAAUCACAACAAACAGAAUUAUUGCUAUCAUAUUAUUGUUGUUCAGAAAAAAUUAAAAAUGAAGAUUGAUGUAAUAGAACCAAAAGCACCACCAAAUUGCGGGAAAGCCAGAACAAGUUAUCGUCAAGCUGCUGGUAUUAGUAAACCGGGGAAAAAACAACCAACAGCAUUAGAUAGAUAA